UAAAGUGUCGCCCAAUGAAGAGGCCAAGAUGCUAUUUCUGCAUCCAUGAUCAUUGCGUCAGAUCAUGUUAUAUUAUUUGUGAGGGAAUCAAUCAAGCAUAUGCUUCACAGUUUUCCUUCCACGCCGUCUCUGUUUCUCCUUUCGCUCUCUUUCAUUGUCUUUAUUCACGCAGAUUCUUCAAAGCCUCGAGAGGAUCACACCAUCCCAAACAAAAAGGAAACACCAUAACUGCAAACGAUUCUCCGAGAUAUCCAUCAGGAAUCAUGGGCAGGAACGUCGAAGAAAAUAUAGAUGUCAAUUCUAAAUUUGAUCAGGAUUUAGAAGAAAAGGAAUACGACAAAGACUCGAUCUUUAGCCUGUUGCCUCCCAAAUCUCCGCUAUCAAAUUCAAGGCCAAGUAGCAUGGUAGUCAAGAAAGUGUGCCACCGUGAGUUCAUUCCUCCUCACAUCGUGGCGGAGGCGAUAUCGACGCUGCACGGGCUGGACCUGCGGUGGUCGGGGCCGAUAACCCCCAGCGAGAUGCUGUACGUGGAGCAGUACGUGCACAGCAAAUACCCUCAGUACUCUCACGGGCUGGUGGAGGAGAGCGACAAGAACGACCUCUACUCCUGGUACUACAUCGACGCCGGGGAUGCCAACAGUAACAACACAUCGCCGAGCCGAAGAAGCCCCUCGUCGGCGAUUGCGAAGCAGCUGGACAUCGAUAUGGCCCGUCUGGAGCCGUCGAGGCUGCUGGACAUGUUGGCCAAGAAGACGUCCUUUCUGGGGAGCUUCGUGUCCAUCCCGGAGAUCCAGGCAAGGACACGGGUGCUCCGCCACUCCGGGCUGAGUGAGGAGGACUACCUGGUGCUAUUCGCGCCGAGCCGGAGGGAUGCGAUUAUGCUCGUGGGCGAGGGCUACCCUUUCUUCCGCUACAACUACUACAUGACCAUCCUGGAGGAGGAGGGGGACUACGUGAGGGAGUUUGCGUCGUACAAGGAUGCCAAGGUGAUCUCGGCGCCGGAGACGUGGCUAGACCUCCGGAUCAAGGGGUCACAGUUGAGCCAGUACUUCCGGAGGAAGUGCAAGCACAGCCCCAAGGGGCUCUUCGCUUACCCUGCCGACGUCCGGGGGACCAGAUACUCCAUGCAUUGGGUCUCGGAGGCGCACCGCAACUCCUGGCACGUCCUUCUAGACGCCACGCCGUUCGUCGUCGGUAAGGAUCGGCUUAGCCUCGCCCUCCACCGCCCGGACUUCGUGCUUUGCACUCUCGACGGCACGCACGCCGCCAACCCUUCAAAGGAAAUCACCUGCCUCUUGGUGAGGAGGAGGGCUUUUGAUGCUACGCGCGUUAAUUAAAUGAAGCAAGAUUGAUUGGUGCGCGAAAGUAAUUAAUUUCUCUGUAGUCGACUGCUAAACGCUUACUAAUUUAUGAUUGAUCUUUAAAAAUUUAA